UUGUUUGCAGGCAGUGACAACCCCCUGGUGCUCCUCAACAAGCUCACAGUCACCACGUCAUGUCAGUUUGACCUCAUCACUUUCCCCUUCGACACGCAAACUUGCAGGCUGGGCGUGGUGCUGCUGGGCAUGACGAAGGAGUACAUCGCCCUGGUUCCUGAGGGCAGCGGGGUUACCUACCUGGGCAACAGGAAGCUACUGGAGUACUACCUGCAGAGUGAGAAAAUGGUGCCCUAUGAUGAGGGGAAGUACAGCGGGCAGGCGGUGGAGUUGACCUUCCGCAAUCUAUCCACCUUCUACAUCACCUCCACCUACGUGCCAACCUUCAUCAUCGUCGUCAUCGGGUACCUGGUCUUCUUCUUCCCUCUCGACGACUUCAACGAGCGCAUCAUGGUGGCUCUGACGGCGCUGCUGGUGGAGGCUGCCUUCUUCACCCAGAUGAGCUCGUCCAUCCCUCAGACGGCGUACCUGAAGCUGGUGGAUGUGUGGUUUGUGUUCUGCAUCAUCAGUCUCUUCCUGGUGGUGGUGACUGUGGCUUUCAUCAACUGGGUCAGGAAAUGCGCCCCGUCUAUUCUACUGCGGGUGAAGGGAUCGGCAAGGCGGACGCAGAAGGAGGCUGUGGGUGCGAGGCGCGUGGCUCUGGCGGCCUGGCUAAACCUAUUGUGUCGUCUGGUGUGCCCCAUCCUCACCACACUCUUCCUGGUCUUCUAUCUCACCAUGGCGGCCCUCAUUGAAAUACCCAAGCUGGAUAUUACUCUUUCGCAGUGACCCGGUGAUGUUUGCUUCAGUUACACAUUAAUACUUUGUUAAUUUUGUACGUUUUCUGUUUUACGUUUCUUGGGGGACUUGUCUAAAAUUACGUAUUGUUGUUUAGUGCCUUGUUAGUUUUAUUCUUUUAGUUUUAGUGCAUUUUUUAACCUUCAGGUAGUAGUUCUCCCCCCCACACACACACACACACACACACACACACACACACACACAUUACAUUCAUAUAGUUGUAAUGUAUUGUAAAAUGUUUGUGUAUUAUAUUCUAUUUGUGGUAGAGGUUAUAAUGUUUUGUAUGGUGUAAUGGUGACUAUGUAAUGGUGACGGUAACCAGCAGCUGGAUGACCGCUUGUUCCCGCUGAAGUAUCGGCAGUGCUUGUUUGGUAGUUGUGAAAAAUUAACAGACAACGCCAGCACUGAACGACCAUGCCCUCUUGUUAGUGUCUGGGUGUGAAUGGGCCAGAUCCACACACACACACACACACACACUACGUUCUCAUCUGUGCCCUUUCUUUCACCGACACACUGAAUCUCACCAGGCGGCGCUGCAUCCCGUCACAAAUAAGGUAACACUAUUUCAUCUGUCUAUCAGUAUCUAACGUAAUUUGCAGAGCUGUACGUGUGUUUUCAUGUGACUGCUACAAUUAGGACAGUCGAGUGGGGAGGAGAUUGAGGGGAGAGGAGCAUUAUGAUGAGGAAAGAGGAGAAUUAUGCUCUUACUUAUGAGAAUUUUUACAGCCGAGUGGGGAAGAUGGAGAGGAGGGAAGCAUUGUGAUGGGGAGGAAAGAGGAGGAGGUUAUACUAAUACUUAUGAGAAUUAGGACAAUCGAGGGGGAAGGAGAUGGAGGUGGAAGGGAAAUGAGUAUCGUGAAGGGAAGGAAAGAGGAAAAUAUAAUCUUUACUUAUGAGGUAUAGGCGAAAAAAUACAUAUCAUUGAUUCAUCAGAUUUAUUCCUAAUGAUAGAGUUAGCAUUAAUUUGGUAUUUGAUUGAUUUUUUAGUUGACAGUGACAAGUUAUUUUCCAUGAUAAAAUCUAGUGUAGCAGUGUUUUUAUCUAGAAAAUAAGAGAAAACAAGAAUUUAUUUUAACUUAUUUAUUUCCUCAGCAUAUCUAGGAAUCUUUUGGCAAUUAAUUCAAGUCUUAAAGAAUAUGGAAAACAUUUAUCUCGGAAACUAAGGAAGUGUUACGGAAAUUUUAUACAAGUGAAUAGUUUUAGAUUAGAGUAAGCUUAUAUGUGCGUGUGUGUGUAACAAGCGUACUGGCCUAGAGUAAUAAAUAAGCUGAAGGUGCCAGUCUCAAAUGUAAAGUUUCCUAAGCUUUCUUGUCUGUGGGAAUGAACGAAAGUGCCUCGUAUUAUUGCUGAAAUUUGAAAGCGUGAUGAUAAAUUUUCACAACCUUUCCAUUCGUCUCGGAAACUAAGUGUGAUGGAAAUUCUAUAGAAAUGAAGAGCUUUAGAUUAUAGACUUUGUGUGUGUGUGUGUGUGUGUGUGUGUGUGUGUGUCAAUGUGAAGAGUUUUAGAUUAUAGAAAGCUUUUAUGUGCGUGUGUGUGUCAAGCGUACUGGCCAAGAGCAAUAAAUAAGCUGAAGGUGCCAGUCUCAAAUGUAAAGUUUCUUAAGCUUUCUUCUCAAGUGGGAAUGCUCUUCUUACUUUCAUUUGGUUGGGUGGUUGGUUGGUAUAGGGAAACUGGAGAUUCGCAAGAGUGCUUUAUUUCUCUAACGUUUCGCCUACGAGAGAAAUUAUUAAUGUUACUAUUUUCUUAUACUAUUAUCAUUAUUAUUGUUGGCAUCUUUUAUUAUCAUUAUCAUCGUUAUUACUGUUAUUGGCAUAUUUAUUUUAGCGUGUUGUUUUGGUUACUGUCCACUGUCUUUGCUAUUACUAGAGUGAUGUUUUGGGAUGUCCAUUAUUUCCUAUUCCUGAAGUUAAUACCAUUCUCAUUGCUAUCACUUGUUAAAUAGUUGGUAGAAUUGUCUCAUAUAUCUAAGUAUUUUAUGAAGUAACGUAAGUAAACUCUCUCUCUCUCUCUCUCUCUCUCUCUCUCUCUCUCUAGCAGUAAUUCCAGAUUG